AUGGUGACGAACGGCCAGACGGCGUUGGACAUGCUAAGGGAGAGGAAGGACGGGAACCAGUUCGACCUGGUGAUCAGCAACGUCGCCAUGCCCAAGCCCAACAUGGACGGCUUCAAGCUCCUCGAGCUCAUCGGCCUGGAGAUGGAUCUUCCAGUCAUCAGUAAAGCCCUUGCUCAAACUCAUUUUUCCAUUUUCAUGCAUGGCAUUCUUCUGAUCGUGCAGACAAUAGCAAUCAUGAGAAUUUGUAGUACUACCAUUUUUGGAUGUUGUUCAGGAUAG